AUGGGAAAUUUUUCUCUGUUCUUCGUUGUUGGAGUUCUGGUGUGUUCGUUUGGCACACCAGCGUCUGCCUCAGCCGAAAUGAAAGCAUGUCCCUGUCCGCGCAAUCUUGAUUUAAAUUGCGGUGUCGAUAAAAAAACGUAUUCCAACCACUGCGUCCGAGACUGCCAAGGUGUCGCCCUGUGGCACGCCGGGCCCUGCACUGACUCAGAGGGUGUCCCGUCGGGCGUGGAGCCACCGGAGGAAGCACUGGAGAAAUCUCAACCUGAAACGGCCGAUACACGUCAACAGUCAGGUUCAUCACCAGCGGCGACGGAGGGCUUUGGACAAACGGAUGCCCCAAGGAAGCCUAAGAGAGUCGGUUUGUUGCAUGAUGGUCCUUGUAAGGAAGGUAAGAUGCCCCCUACUCAUAUCUACUGGAUUAGAGAAGGCAUGUCCUGCAAUACGCAGUCUUCGCCACUGUCUGGCGAUGAUGAGGCCGAUGCUCCGCAAGAGGCGCAACCAACAAGGGAAGUGUGUGCCUGUCCCCUGAACUUGAUGCUAAACUGUGGCGACGACAACAUAACGUAUGCCAACCAUUGCCUUCGAGCGUGCAAGGGAGUCACACUAAAGCACGAGGGCCCAUGUGAAGGCGACGAACACAUGCAGCGGCCUAUACCCAGAGGUGACGAUGCGAAUGACGCGGCGGAACGCGCAGUGAAAAAUCUGAAAGACUGCGCUUGCCCCUUGAUCCUAAUGCCAACCUGCGGUACGGAUCGGAUGACUUACUCGAACAACUGCACCCGAGAGUGCGCUGGCGUCCCCCUGCUGCACGAUGGCCCCUGCGACGACGAAGAUGAUGAAGGCGCUGAGGAUGAAGAAGAUUCGUAG